AUGGGUAAAGGGCUUGCGAGGCUGAUUGGCUCGGGAAUUGGCUUCACCUCUGAAGCAAUCCAUGCUGUCCGCCACAAAAAAACAGACUCUACUUCUGCCUCUACCGCCGAAACCCCUCGUUCUCUCCCUGGUGCGGAAAGGGAGGAAGAUCAUCGAUCAAGAGUCCCCCCUUUGUCAGCUGAGGAAAAGCGAGAGAUCGAUGCUGCCGUCGCGGGCUAUGAGUCGAACGGCGAGGAAAGCCCAUCGGUGUACUCCAAGGAUGAUGUAAAGCGCUCGAUGGAUGAAGACGAGGCUGCUUGGCAGCUAGACGAAGCGGCUGAGCAAUGGGGAUUGCCGGCAUAUGAUGAAGAACGUGUGCCUGGUGAUGAUGCUGCUGCUCAAUCGCACUCCCAGGAAAAUCCCGACAAUGAGCACGCCCCGAUGAAUGAAAAUGACUCUGAGGAAACCAAGGAGAAGAAACGUGAUGCUAUGGUUCGCGCCCUUGUCCAGAUGGCGGGGCCACCUGGACCGGUGCAGCGGCUCCCUUGUCCUGUGAUCAUUCCUCAACGGAGACCAGGUACGAAGAAGCGUGGAUUCGUGCGUGCUUAUGCACCUGUGUUGGCCGAUUGUGGUAUCAGCCAGGAUGUGUUCAUUAAGUUCAUCAGUGACUUUCAUAAAGCGAGUCAGGCAUCGUUGUGGCUUCAGGUCGUCGUUGUUGCAGCCAACGUAACGGGAUUCUCGCCUUCGUUGACCGUUGCAUUAACAGCCACCGCCAUUCAAAUCGUCGCAGAAACAGCCAUGCAAUUCCAGAUCCGCCACCGAACCAACAGUUACCUCGACAAGGUGAACCAAGAGCUAUUCAUACCUCGCGGCCAAUACGCCCUGGUCAUGAAAUUCAAGGAUCACGGUCCUAGCCAAAAGCAGGAAUCUUCGGGCUCCUUCUCCGACAUGCUUGGCGGGCUCUUUUCCACCGAGAAGGUCGAUCUCAGGCAGUCGGAUGCGAAGACCCAAGAUACAUCAUCGACUCAGCCAACUAAGAGUAAUAUAUUGGAGUUCAAUGCGGCUGCGACAAUCUCAAAGUUCACUCAUAGUGAAGAGCACCCAGAGAUGAAUGCGUGGACAAAGCGCAUGAAGCAUUACAGGGAUGUUAGUGGCAGGACUCAAGGCGCGCUCGAGCUUCCGGAGUGUGCGCCACUAAUCUUCCCCGAUAUCGAUCGAGGUGCGAUGCGAGUGAGAGAGGGUAAGGAGCCCAAAUCGAAGUUCCAGAGUGGAAGGACUUGGGUACGAGAUUACAUCGAUCGAAAGUCGCAAGCAGAAUUUGAAUCCGAGCAUAGAGGAUCCGCUCUCGCCAUACCCGAGUCUGGAAGAAAGGCUUUUGUUUCACGGUACAAUGAUCCCAAUCAUCCGGUAAACAACGGCAAGCUUCUCUCAGCACUUACCGGCGGCUUGUAUAACCCCAAGCCUGGGCUUAUCGAGCGUGCUGGAAUGGCCAUCAAGGAAUCGCAGGAUAAGAAGCGCGCUGCUCAGGGCCUCCCGCCAAGUGAGCCUUGGAAGGAUAAGCUGAGAAGGAAGAAGAAGGAGCAAGCUGGCAGGCUCAAGAUUCUCCAGGAGGAUGUGAUGUAUCUGAUGAUUGUCAACAUGCCUACUGAGGAGGAGCUUAAGCAGUCAGUUGCGGAACUGAAACAUCUCAUGGAGACGGAGGGAAGGACUCUUCCACCUGGACACUCUCGGCGGUAA